CAUAGCGAGAUGUACGAUGUACAACUCCUUCAUGUUUAGUGGCCUCAAGCGUCUCGUUGUUCAUGUUAUUAGUGAUAUACCGGUGUCGCGAAAAGUAUUGAAAAGCGAUAUUAUUUCACAUGUCUAUACAAAAAUUUUGAUUAAUUGAUAAGCAAUUUCGAAAAAUCAAUAGACGAGUCAUAGAAGACAAUAGUGACAAAUUUUACAAGCGGUGUUAUAUCUGGAAAAAUGGCGCUCUCCUGCGCAAUAUCAAACGAGGUUCCGGAGCAGCCGGUAGUUUCACCAGCGUCAGGUUCGAUUUUUGAAAAACGUCUCAUUGAAAAGUACGUUUCAGAAAAUGGAGUUGAUCCAAUUAAUGGAGCCGAUCUCAAAAUCGAAGAUCUCAUAGAACUGAAGACAACUCCCAUUGUCAAACCAAAACCUCCAAGCGCUACUUCAAUUCCUGCCAUAUUGAAGAUUCUGCAGGAUGAAUGGGAUGCAGUUAUGUUACAUUCGUUUACACUUCGACAGCAACUGCAAACUGCAAGACAAGAACUGUCGCAUGCUCUUUAUCAGCAUGAUGCUGCUUGUCGAGUCAUUGCCAGAUUAACGAAGGAAGUAACAGCUGCUCGAGAGGCUUUAGCCACAUUGAAACCCCAAGCUGGAAUUGCGCAAAUGGCAGCAAUUCCCCAGCCGGCCUUGGCAGUGGAGGCUGGAGGAGCUGCGGCACAGCCAUCAGAACAGGCUGGAAUCACGGAAGAUGUGAUCCAGAAACUGCAGGAAAGGGCUACGGUUCUAACUCAAGAGAGGAAGCGACGUGGUAGAUCGAUACCCGAAGAUUUACUGCCUCAAGAGAGUAUUCGUGAAUUCCAAACAUUGGCAUCACAUCCGGGUCUACAUUCUGCCAGUGUACCUGGAAUUCUCGCAAUUGACAUACACGGUGCUGAUACCAGUAAAAUAUUGACUGGCGGUGCUGACAAAAAUGCAACAGUAUUUAACAAAGAUACGGAACAAGUUGUUGCUAUAUUGAAGGGGCACACUAAAAAAGUCACGAGGGUAAUUUACCAUCCCGACGAAGAUAUUGUGAUGACAGCAUCACCGGAUUCAACGAUUCGUGUAUGGAACGUAGAAACAGCUCAAACGACGCUUUUGUUGCGGGCGCAUGAUUCUCCAGUCACCGGUCUUUCUUUGCAUCCGACUGGUGAUUAUUUGCUCAGUUCGUCAUUGGAUCAACACUGGGCAUUUUCGGAUAUUCGUACUGGCAGAUUACUUACUAAGGUCGCUGGGCCAGGAAGUCAACCGCUGACCACUGCACAAUUCCACCCGGAUGGUUUGAUUUUCGGAACUGGUACAGCAGAUUCCCAGGUCAAGAUUUGGGAUUUGAAGGAACAAUCGAACGUGGCCAAUUUCCCGGGGCAUUCAGGGCCGAUAACUGCUAUAAGUUUUUCAGAAAAUGGAUAUUACUUAGCAACUGCUGCUGAAGAUUCGUGCGUCAAACUUUGGGAUUUGCGUAAAUUGAAGAACUUCAAAACCCUUCAAAUGGACGAAAGUUACGAGGUUAAAGAUCUGUGUUUCGAUCAAAGUGGCACAUAUCUCGCAGUCGCUGGAUCAGAUGUUAGGAUUUACCUGUGUAAACAGUGGCAAGAGUUGAAGGUCUUCAAUGACCACACAGCCACUGCGACGGGCGUACGGUUCGGUAAACACGCACAAUACAUUGCAUCGACCAGCAUGGACAGGACGUUGAAGUUAUACGGUCUUUCAUGAAUUUAAGUGUUCCGGAAUAAAAACUAUCCGACUUCAGUUUGGAUCCUAUUUUAAUAAAUGAAAACUUUCCGAACAUUGUAUACUAAUGUCAGUUUUUCAUAACAAGAUAUGUCAAUAAAUAUUGUGAAAAAAAUUGA